GUGGUGAGCAGAGGUGUAUAAAUACACAAGUGCUAAUCGUCGGCUCGACCAUUGCAGAGUGGCUGGCAAUCGGGAAAACGUUCAACGGACGCCUCGAUUUAUCUUUCUUUCCUAUAAUCCCUUUGUGGGUUGUUGAAGGAGGAGGCAAUGGAAAGCAACGACUCCUUCAUCAUGCUUGCAACGUUCGAAGCACCCUACAGCAUACAGCUGUGCGCUUUUGGCCUCUUUCUGCCGCUCUUUGUCGUCACCAUCGUGGCCAACGUGGCGGUCCUCGCGACAGUGGCCGCCCGCGCGGAGCUGCACAAGCCGAUGUACACGUUCCUGUGCAGCCUCGUGGUCGCCGAUCUCAUCAGUAGCGUGAGCACCAUGCCCAAACAGCUCCAAAUGCUCCUGACGGGCGACAACCGGAUUCUGCGCACCGCCUGCAUGGCGCAGAUGUUUUGGGUCAACGUGUUCGUCAUCAUGCAGGUUCUCACACUUGCUGCCAUGGCAUUCGACCGCUAUGUGGCCAUCUGCUUCCCGCUUCACUACCAUACCAUCGUUACCGGUAAACGGGCCGUUAUUAUAAUUUUCAGCCUAUGGAGCCUUACAAUAGCCGCUUUCGUGCCGGUUACAAUUCUUUUUGCCCCGUUGAAGCUCAAAGCCAGCGACAGGCAAAUGCAGGGCAUUCUUUGCGACAACAUUGGCUUCGCUCGCGUGUCCGCGGGCGACACGCGAAUCCACGAAGCUUACGGGUCGGGGAUCAUCGUGGUGCUCAUCGCAUUGCCUUUGAGCGUGAUCAGCUUCACCUAUUUUAGAAUCCUUCUGGAGUGCAAAAGGACGCAUUCGAACGAUUUCAAGAAAAAGGCGCUGUACACCCUGUUCACUCACUUUCUCCUGCUCAUGCUUUUCUUCAUUCCACUUUUCCUGUCGGUUCUCGUGCCGCGGCUCGUGAAGGAUUUCUACAGCGCUCAGGUGCGAAACAUCCGCUGCAGUGCCCAGUACACCAGUUUCCUCAUGCCCCUGUCAAAUGUAACCAUUUACUUCUUCAGAACCAAGGAGCUGAGGAAGGAGGUAGUGAAUUGGUUUUAUAAAAUCAUUCCACGAGCACUGAGCAAUUCAAAGCUAAAAAAAGUUUCUGUUCGAGCGGAGUGAUUAUUUGCUUUUAAAGAAAUCGAAUAUUACAAAUUGUAAUCGGCGAUGGAAAGUUAAUUGGAAGAAUUUUAAACAAAAGUAUAAUAUUGUAUGGACAGAACAUGUUUGUGAAAGUGUAAAACAACAGUAGCCUCUCAUAAAAAAACAGAUCAGCUACUAAUGAAUUGCUAAACAGACUAAACCCGCUUCAUCAUUCUUCUCUGCGAUUUGUACUGGAUGUACCAUACAGGACCCACAAUUGUGACCUCCACUUAAAAUAAAAUCUCUCAUCACUUGAUGUGAGAAGAAAUCUACACUGGGUCCUGUUCAUUAAAUCCUUAUUGGCAAAUCUGCACUACACUUAGCGAAGUCAUUUGUCCCAUUGUCAAAUCCGAGAACACCAAGGUGUCCAUCUAAUUGCAUUUUAACGAUCACAAGAACACGAAUUGGAAUCGGUAACAGCGCCUUUGCCGUUGCAGCACCAACGUGUUGGAACAACCUUGUUACCUCU